CCCUCACUCAUAUUUCACGUUGUCGCACACACUUCUCCCCAUAUCACAGCAAUGGCAGGAUUUAAGCGAGGCGGCGCCCGAGGCGGCUUCAAGAAAAACUUUAACAACAAACGCUCUUCUCCUGAUGACGACGACAGCGCGCCACGCGCAAAUAAGAAAGUGAAAGGCGACGAGGAUGAUGAUUCGUUGCCUGUCGUUCCUGAACUUAAGACGGAUGAUAACGGCGAUGCCUUUGUUGCUUUAAAUAGCAGUGGCAAGCGACGCGUGACUGUUAGCGAUUUCAACAAAAACACACUCGUUAGCAUUCGUGAAUACUAUGUUACCGAUACUGGGGAGACGAAGCCGGGAAAGAAGGGCAUCUCUCUAUCCAUUGACCAAUACAACGCACUACUCGCUGCUGCUCCGCUCAUUGAAUCUGCUCUCGCAAAGAAGGAUAUCAAAGUGAUACGGCCAGAUUACGAUGGUGAUGCAAGUGCAAAAUCUGCGACAAAGGAGAGCGGCAAGGGGGAAGAGCAGGGUGCUGAAGGAGAGACAAACAAAGAUGACGACAACGACGACGAAGAUGAUGAGUAAUAGCGCACAGAGAUUGGGGUACAUUCAGCGUAUAUUGUAUGGGCUGCAGGGAGUUUUCGACGCAAUAGUCCCUGGUUGUGGAAUCAGGAUAUCACCUCGCUGCUUCUCAUGUGGAUACCGGGAGAGAAAUAGGUAAUUCAAAGCAUCGUGUAUUAUGUCUCUAUCAAGCUUUUCUUAACUUAUUGGGGCUCGCUGCCUUUAUGAAUCUUUUCUCAACCCUGAUUAUUGAGAUUUUCUAAACUUUUUGUACUGCAUACAAACUGGAAUAUCAUAGA